CGUUAUUCGGCGCAGUUCUGAAGAUAAAUGCGUACAGCUAUGGGUUGGCCGAGGCCGCAGAAAUUUUGUACCAGAACGCCGGCAAGCAGGACGGCGUGGACUAUUUUAUGGUGGAAAAGCCGGAGGAGGCGCUGGCACUUCGCUUGCAGUCGAAGAUCCCGGAAAGCGUCCCGAUUUUGAUACUGUACCGCACCGUGAUGGCGCCCAGCCUGCUCUGUAAGCUCGCUUUGCUGCACAUCCGUGUCUCGGCGUUGGCGAUCGAAUGGCUUCUGUCCUUGAACCUGAACGACUUUUGUAUCGCCAGAAAGAGCUUCUGUUUCACUGCAUUACAACAUAAGAUGAAAAGCGUUUUUCAUAUUCAUGCCAGAAAUGCAUAUGCAGCAAGACAGUUGAUGCAUUGCAGAUCAUGUUCGUUCUCGUGUAUGGGUGUGGCGAACCUGUGAUGCAAAUGUUACAGAAUGAGAAUCAUCGCUUCGCAUCGCUCACAACGCUCGGAUCAUCGAUCGAUUACAGUGAAAGAAGAACAUUUUUCGCGCGAUAUUUCGCCCCCCGUCCACGCCGGCCCUGAAAUUUCACGCGAUGCUGGACACGGGACUGUCGCGGGAGGGGCUUCGCUUAGAGGAAACGGUUUCCCAUUUGGCUGAUCACUUCUACCCGCUAGAAAAGGGCAUCCGCGAGAGGAAGCUGCAGU